UUUCUGUUGUUUUCCACAUGUUCCCUGUCGGCGUUCUUCACCAUGUUGUACGGGUUCGAGUACGGCCGGGAGAAGGCCGAGGCUUGGAUAUUCACCUUCCUCACGUCAUUUAUCUUCGACCUGCUCAUCACCCAACCGCUCAAGAUCUUUUUGCUUGCGCUUUUCUUCGCACUUAUAAUCAAGAAACCUGAUCAAUCCGAUGAGGAUGUGCCGCCUCCAACACCUGUACAGGAAGAUGAGGAGUAUCUGGGGCUCUAUCACAUGGCUGCCGGUAAGUUGUCGUCCAAGGCAGCAGGCCAGGUCGGUCCUCCUGACGCCGGUCAGCUCCAGACUGCCCGGGAGAGGCGGUUCGUGGAGGUGGGCAUGCGCACUGCCCUGUACGACGCCGGGUUCUACUUCGUCUACAUCCUGUUGUUGUUGGUCGUUGCCAAUGGCAACAGGGACACCUCCAUGUUUCACCUGACUCGGCAUCUACAGGACACUUUUGGCGAGUCAUUUUCAGAGGUGACUGACACCGAAUCCUUUUGGACGUUUUUGAGGGAGAGUGUCAUUCCAGAGACGCAUGCGCAGCAUUGGUACAACGAUGACCCGUUUUCUCAUCGAGGAUUCCUGCAGGACAGCACGUCUUUUGUCGUGGGGAACGCCAGACUCCGACAACUUCGCGUCAAGACAAAUGCCAGCUGUGCUGUCCCAAGAAGCUUUGCGAACAUCCUGGAUGACUGUGACGAGUCGUACAGCCUCUGGACUGCUGAUGACGUCAGCCAUGACGUAGGGUGGAGGGCAUUGGUCCAGAACGACAAUGAGACAUCGGCAGGGUUACAACCAUGGAAAUAUCACUUUGCGUCCCUUAGUGUGGCCAGUCCCUUGUACGGUCUAUUUUCCUCCUACUAUGACGGCGGGUACAUCGUGGAACUGUCGGACAACAUGACUGCCGACUUGGCGACCGUAGACGAACUUGAACAACUCGGGUGGAUGGACGACAACACUCGGGCCGUCAUCAUUGAGAUGAUCGUCUACAACCCAAACGCCAACUUGUUCUCCACGGUAGAGUUGAUGGCAGAAUUCUCAACUAUUGGGAAGGCUUUUCCUCAAACUCAGGUGACGACAGUACGGCUGUACCAGUACGUCACGGACUGGGGUUACGUCAUGAUGGCCUUCCAGAUCGCCUUCAUCCUGGUCACCAUCAUCUUCUGCAUCAGAGAGCUUAAAAACAUCUUCAACUUGCAAAAGGAGUACUUCAAGAGGUUCUGGAAGGUUGUGGAGCUGACUGUGUGCCUGCUGUCCCUGGCAUCUAUAGGAGUACAGCUGUACACCUUCUAUCUCCUGUCGGAGUUCAACUCAGUUCAUGAGGGCAGAACUGUAGAAACACGCUUCCUGAAGUACAAGCAGAUCGGUAGCUGGCUGCAGACGGACACGUACCUGCUGGCGUGGCUGGUGUGCGUGGCCUGCCUGAAGCUGCUGCACCUCCUCCGCUUCAACAAGCACGUGGAGCGCGGGGCCAAGAUGGCAGGGGCCGCUGCCGAGCCGCUCGGGCACUUCUUCCUGGUGUUCUUCUCGACGUUCUCCGCUUUUUGCAUGAUCGCAUACCUGGUCUUCGGCACCAGCGUGGACGGUUUCGGCACAUAUGUCACCGUCAUGGAGACCAUGGUGGCCACCAUGAUGGGCGAGUUCGACUACUACGCGAUCCAGGAUCACAACUGGCUGCUGGGCCCGGCGGUUUUCUUCUUCUACCUCCUGAUCUGCUACAACGGCAUGGUGUUUAUGUUCCUCACCAUCUUCAACGAGGCCCGCAAGGAAGUCAGCCUCAGGGAGAGACACGAGGACAAGUCAGAGAACAGGAAAAUCGCAGAGCUGGCUGAACAGCGUCUCCGAACGUUUGUGGGAAAAGUCUCGUCGAAGAUGAGGAAAGAAAGCAGGGAUAGAGUCACAGAACUGAGGAAGGAAGACAGGGGGGACUUGUACACUUGGGGCUCUGUUAAAGGUAGUGCUGUUUUAGUUAGGUAAUCAGGCAGCAGAAUAGCAAAAAUAUUCCCAACUGAAUCUAAUAGUAGGAAAAUAGUAAUAUUUAAACCAGUCAUAUUACAUGUGUAUAUAUAUAUGUAUGAAGUAUCAAUUUUCUUCAUCGUCAAAAAAAUAUUCGGGCGCUGUUGUACCGAUAACAGUUGAAAACACCACACAACAGUUGGACAUUCAAAAGAGACGUUUCGUUAUAACGCACAAAGCUGUUCUAGCAAAUCUAGUCUGAGACCACUUCCUGAUAUGUAUAUAGUGAUUAUGAUGUUGCCAUAAUAUUUUACUCAAUAACCAAAAUGCUUUAAUCCUAUAUUAUCUUUAUUAUCAGAAAUGUAUAUUGUAUUUUAUCUGGCAUUGUUAUUUUUUUGUGUGAAGUCUAGCCAGAAUUGUUUUAAUUCAUGCAAGGCUGCCGUCCGUGUGAUUUCCAUAAUGCGUUG